AUGUCGUGUUUGCUACGAGGCUUGUUGGAGGAAAACUUAGGGCUUGGUUAUGCUGUCCAGGAGCACCGCCUUGUCGAUGAGAGUAAUUUGCAGUGGGAACAAAUGUUGCUGCCGAUUGAUUCUCCAGUCGGCGAAGAUAAGUCUCAUGGCCUACAAGAAGAUCAUGUAGUUCUUCAAAUUUCAGAGAGCAGCAAGAAGGGGAAGAGUAAUGGUGGAUGUGGAAGCAAGAAUGGCGUGGAGGAUGAGUUUAUCUUGGCGAACCCAGUGGAGUUCUCGGCUUUGGAGACAGCGGAGUUCGAGCAUCAAUGGGUGGGCAUUUUUUUACACCGUGACAAAGUCAAUGAGAUCAUAACCAGUGAGCAGUGCUUCAAAUUGCGCCCUCCACUGAGGAAGUUUGAUGUAGAUAUACCAACAACAAGAGCCAAAUCUCCCAAACUUCGUAGGAAGAAGACCUUGACUUCCGUGGAAACAGAUAGAAAUGGUAACCCCAACACUCGACCAGGCCAACUAAGUCUGGAUGGGAAAGCAUCUCAGAGCAACUCUGCCAAAGGAAUUUCUCCUCUACAAUCGAAGAAGCCACAACGGAAGUCCCUUCUUAAACUGCCUUCUGAAAGGAGCAAUUUAAACAAUUCCAGCAAGGAAGAAAAGAUGACAUCACCAAAAGCAGCAAAUGAGGAAAAUACCACUUCCUUGACUGCAACAAAGGAAGCUGAUUCUCUCAUCCAGGAGUCAGCUCCUGCAACUGGUUCAGAAGAAACUCAGCUCGGUGCAGAGGAGGAACCAGUAGUUGGGGAGCAAGAUGAACCCACCUUUGUACAAGAACCCAUGGCAUUGGAGGGUCAAGUUCAUUAGCAGUUGAAAUUAGAUGCUUAUACAAAGUCGUUGACUUGAUAUUUCGUAAAUAAGAAAGGUUUUAGACUCCAACUAUUUGAUGAUGAAAGAGUGAAGGAUUCUGCAUUUUGGUUGUGAUAACAUAUUGUCCAUAGUUACCAGCAUUGGUUGUUUGUGUGCUUGCUUAGAAGCUUGCUGGUCUUGUCACUAGGAUUCUGCAUUCCUAAUUUGAGCGGUUUGUGUUAUAAUUUGCCAAGUUGCUAUCCUAAUUGAUGUUGUUUAGUUGCCGGCUUUUUUAGAUUUUUCUGAAAAUUUUGGGUAAGUCUGUCAUCGAUUAGUGCAUUAUCACAGGUGUUGUUUGUUCAAAGGGGUUGCUCUUGAACAAUUGGAAUUGUCAGUUAAGGCUGAUUUUGUGUUGUGGACAAUUUUUUUCCCCUUUCUGUGAACUACUUCUUUAUGUUCAUCUUUCUAUUUCUGUUGUAA